AUGCCUCCCCUCCCUGUCCCACCCCCCGGUCCCCUCUUCCCCCCCUUCCUCCCUCACCUUGCUUUCUCCCCACAGGUGGCGGAGAUGCGGGGGGGCAUGGCAGUGCUGUCAGACGCCGCCACAGGCACCACCAUUCUGCUGGCGCUGCCAAUGGGGGGAAGGGAGGACUCCGGCAGCAGAGCGGGGAACGAGGGGAAGGGGGAAGUUGGGAAGACAGGGGGAACUAUGGGAGGGCGUACGUUUCCGCAAGCGGAGGUGGAGCGGGCCGGGGCGGGCGGGGAGGGUGUGAGGGAGGCAGAGGCGGUGGUGCGGGGGGUGGUGACGGGGCGGGGGGUGGCGGUGGUGGAUGACAACGCGGUGAACCGCAUGGUGGCGCGCAGAACGCUGCAGGGCUACGGGGCGCACGUGCUGCUGCUCUCCUCCGGGGAGGAGGCGCUGCAAGCGCUCUCCUCUGCCACGCCCUCCCCGCCCAUCCACCUGCUUCUCCUCGACCUCCACAUGCCGCCCGGCAUCGACGGGUCCGUGCCGUGCUCCCCCUCUCACCUCUUCUCUGUGCUGCUACCUGCUUGCAUGCUGGUUAUAUCAACUUGUAAUUGUUAG